AUGGGAUGCGGGGGGAGCCGAGCCGAUGCCAUCGAGCCGCGCUACUACGAGAGCUGGACCCGCGAGACCGAGUCCACCUGGCUGACGAACACCGACACCGAGCCCCCGCCGCCGGCCUGCGGCCACGAGAGCGCCCGCGCCGAGGCCGGACUGCGGGACCAGGGCGCGCCGCACCCGGGUAUGCUGGAGGAUGAAAAAUCAACUCAGACCUGUGUUACCAUGUCCUCGACUGCAAGUGGAAUAAUUAACACUGAGAAGAAAACUAGCUGUGGUACUCAAUGCACAAAACCCACGGUCCACGCCUCUGGAACUAUGACACAGAAACACAAUGGCUUCAGAACAGCAGAGGCUAAAUGGGACACCAAGAAAAUGCCCACUAAAGAAGUCACCAUUAAUGUUACAAAAAGCAUCAGACAAAUUGACAGAGACAGAAGAAUCACAAAGAAUUGUGUCAAUUAAAGGAGUAAAGCAAAAGCGAAGAUGGACCUAACAAUACUUUGCUGCACUUUAACUGUGACUGAUCACUUAAGAUUUGAAGAUCUCAAGAUGUUCUGUGUUGAAUGCAAUGGGCAGCGGCUGCUGAGUGCCUUGAGAAACGUUGUUUUAACUAGCAGUAAAUAGCUGCAAACACUGUUG